AUGCCGUCACUCGAGGCAAAGAUUGUAGUUGUCGGCAGCCAAGGUGUGGGCAAGACGUCGCUGUUGAUGCGCUACGUCAAAGGCUCGUUCAAUCCAUCACAGGUCACCUCCACGGUCGGCGCCAGCUUCCUGGCCAAAAGAGUUGUGGCCGACGAUGAUACAGUUGUGAGGUUGCAGAUUUGGGACACAGCCGGCCAGGAACGCUUCCGAUCCAUAUCGAAACUGUACUACAGGGGCGCCAACGCCUGCAUACUGUGCUACAGCAUAACAGAUGCCAAUUCCUUUGCCGAGAUGGGCAUGUGGCUGCGUGAGCUGCGGCGCAACCUACCCGCAGAUAUCGUGCUGCACGUCGUGGGCACCAAGGCCGACAUAGUCGCCCGUGAUCCCUCCCGCCGGGAGGUACCCUUUGAGCGCUGCAUAGCGUACGUUGCCGAGCAUCUGGCUCCAGGCCAGACCAGCACGCCUCCGCCUACUGCAACGCCCCUUCUCCCGACUCCCAUGUCCAACGGCACCAGCACGCCUGCAGGCAUGGCAGCACACUCGACCUCUCCUCCUUUUAUACACGGCGGCGAGCCCCGCAGCCCGAGCUCGAAGCGUAGCAGCGGCUUCUGGGGCAUGGAGGUUGGCUGGGAUGCUUGCCACGAGAUCUCUGCCGAGAGCGGCGAGGGCGUCGAGGAGGUCUUCCGCGUGGUGACCCGCAAGCUGGUCGAGCAGAACCGCAAGAUUCAGCAGGCCCUGCUGGCCGCGACGGCGACGCCCGGUAUGACCCCGGCCGGCGACGGGCUGAUGAGCGGCGGCUACUAUGACGGAAGCGCUGAUCAUUACGGCACCGGCGGUCCGAUGUCAGCCGGCGGCCCCGGAGGAUCCGCCGUCGCCGGUUAUUUUGAUGGGAUGAACCCGAGAGGCAGUUUCCGCGUCGGCCGCGACAGACGGUCCUGGCUCUUCUCGCCCGCCAUACAAAUCGAGCAGGGAGGAGCAUCCCAGGCCGGCGAACAAGGUGUGGAAGAACUCGAUGGCUCGAGACGAGGCAGAUGCUGUUGA